CAACGAAUCAUUUCUGCAAAUGAAGUAUGGAAAAACUUACAAAGUCAAUAUGAGAUUUAUUCAACAUUAGAAUCAUCUGACGAUGGAGAUGAUUUUACAAAAAGCACACCAAAGAAACAAUCAUCAAAGCAUUUGGUUAAAUAUUAA